UUGUACUGCUUGUUUUCAUAGUGGCGAACGACCUGUCGGAAUAGGGAGGCGUCCUUCGAGCUCAAUUGCUGCGGCAUGGUGGGCGUUGCAGAAUUGUCGGCGGAGUUUUGUUCAGGUGGUCGAGGGAAGCUGGCUGGAUGUGCGCGGGGGGAGAAAAGCGGAAACGAGGAGCAGCAAUCAGGCGCCGAUAAGCUCAGCGCCGAAGCCAACACUAAUCCAACUUUCAGCCCUCUGAGCACGAUUGACAAGCCAGACCCAUGCUGAAUUCUUCAAGCCACCUGCUAGACAUCUGAUGCAAAUUCUCCAUCGCGCUUCAGCCCCGGGGUUGUACCGACGCUUCCUCGAGGGCAUCCCGGCACAAGACAAAAACGAUUAUCCGAGACGCUUUCGUGCAUCACUGUAACCACGCAACGCCAAUAACGACUCGACGGGAGCAACUAUUGAAGGAGACUUCAAUAUCACAAACCAGCAUCAAUGAUGGGAUGACUGGCGUCUAUCCUCAACACG